CCUGCACUCGCUCGCCCGCCCGCCCGCUCGGCCUCUCGGUGGUUCUCGCCGCGGCAGCACCAUGGCCAGCACGUUCGCCCGAAGAUCCGCCGGUCUCCUGGCCUUGGCGGGUGCUGCCGGCUCGCUGGGUGCGGGCUUCCUCCUCUCCCGGGACCCCGUGGGCGCCGCGGCGGCGAAGCGGCGCCUCUACCCGCCCAGUGCGGAGUACCCAGAUCUGCGCAAGCACAACAACUGCAUGGCCAGCAGCCUGACUCCUGCCCUCUACACCCAGCUCUGUGACAAAGCCACCCCCAACGGCUGGACUCUGGACCAGUGCAUCCAGACAGGAGUGGACAACCCUGGGCACCCCUUCAUCAAGACCGUUGGCAUGGUGGCAGGAGAUGAAGAGUCCUACGAGGUUUUUGCUGAUAUAUUUGACCCGGUGAUCGAAGAGCGCCACAAUGGCUACACCCCUCUCACCAUGAAGCACCCCACAGACCUGGAUGCCAGUAAGAUCAAGGCUGGACAUUUUGACGAGCGGUAUGUGCUGUCGUCGCGGGUACGGACGGGCCGCAGCAUCCGUGGCCUCAGCUUGCCCCCAGCAUGCAGCCGGGCUGAGCGCCGGGAGGUGGAGAAGGUCACAGCAGAAGCCUUGAGCGGCCUGACUGGGGACCUAGCUGGGAAGUAUUACCGCCUCAGUGAGAUGACAGAGAAGGAGCAGCAGCAGCUCAUUGAUGACCACUUCCUCUUUGACAAGCCUGUCUCCCCUCUGCUGACAGCUGCAGGCAUGGCUCGUGACUGGCCUGAUGCCCGAGGAAUCUGGCACAACCAUGAGAAAACCUUCCUGGUCUGGGUCAACGAGGAGGACCACACCCGCAUCAUCUCCAUGGAGAAGGGGGGCAACAUGAGGAGAGUCUUUGAGAGGUUCUGCCGAGGCUUGAAGGAGGUGGAGCGUUUGAUCCAGGAGAGGGGCUGGGAGUUCAUGUGGAACGAGAGGCUGGGCUACAUCCUGACAUGCCCCUCCAACCUCGGCACUGGCCUGCGUGCGGGGGUGCAUAUUAAGCUGCCACUGCUGAGCAAGGAUAGCCGCUUCUCAAAGAUACUGGAAAAACUGAGGCUCCAAAAGCGUGGCACUGGUGGCGUGGACACAGCUGCUGCAGGGAGCAUCUGUGACAUUUCCAAUCUGGACCGGCUGGGCCAAUCCGAGGUGGAGCUGGUGCAGCUGGUCAUUGAUGGUGUGAACUACCUGAUCGACUGCGAGCGGCGCCUGGAGCGUGGCCAGGACAUCCGCAUCCCCUCACCGGUGCCACAGUUCCAUAGCUGA